UUUGCUGAAUAACACUCUUCUUUCACUUUCAUUUUGACUGUCAUAAGACUAAGGAGGGGCUUUUCUUUGGAAGAAGGGACCUACACAAUAAGCUUCAGCCCACAGUUAUUCUCUUAGCCUUUAUAGGGAAAAGACCUAAAAUCCUGACAGACUGAGCUUGCAGAAGCAUUCAUUCGAGGUCGUCUUGUUGCACACCACACAGCCAUCAUGUCUGAUUCAGAAAAGACUGCAGCCCAUGAGGAGACAGCAUCUGCUGAUACUGAUGCAGUGAUUUCAGUUGGCCAUGACACCAUUGGAUGGAGUACCUGGCGUCAGUGUUACAUCACCAUUAUAAAUAUCGGGUCUGAGAACACCCUCCUUAACCCCUGUCAAUACACAGAUAGUGGGAGCUGCACUCAAACUCCAUCACCACGGAUUGGCCCACAUUCAUCUGGCAGUGCACUGUUCACCAAGACUCCCUACACUGCUAAAGGAUCUGUCGGCAUCCUGACUUAUGAACUCCAGGACUCCACUGUCCAAAUAGCUGUCAUGUUCUCGGUGCCCUACGACUAUAACCUGUACUCUAACGUGUAUGCCGUGGGGAUCUUUGACAAGAGCCAAGAAUGUAAUUAUGAUCUUUAUUAUGAGAUGUUAUACAAUCCAUCAACCACCUUUGUCCGAGGUGAAGCCAAGGGCCCCAGUCUCACUUAUAAGGGGGAUCGAGUCACCAUCGUGGCAACAAUGACAGACCUUAGUGAAGCUGUUAUAAACGUGGAAGUGAAAGACAACUAAAAUAAGAGAGUGGGGAAGGAAGUAGUUUCUCCUGCAGCCUAUUCUGCUUGUUUUUGUUGCUGAAAUUAUGACUCAUUAUGUGUCGAUGGCUAAUACAUAGUUAAUCUUAACUUAAAGUAUGGUAACUUUGCUUUAUUUAUUUCCCAAGCAUUAAGAAUUAGAAAUACAUGCUUAGAAUGUCUAUAUUGCUAUACAACAUAACACAUGCCGCUGCUUUUGUGUUAUAGAAACUGUAAUAUGUAAUAACUGUAGUAGCAGAUGAUGCAUUUCUACUGUGAUUUCACGUGUAACAUUUAUUGACUUGUAGGCUUUAUAAGAUUAUGUGAACUUUCUUAUGCAUGGCUUUCAACAUCCCUUCGGUUCAAAUCUCAAGCAUUUAAUAAAUCUGCAAAAUC